AUGAGCAAGGAGAUAGAGAAACGCUGGGGCGCAGCAGUUGCAGCUGGAGUGGUUGACUACGAAGGAGACAACCCAAGCUACCCUGAACGAGUUCGGUUGAAGACCAAGGACUUCUUCCAGGAGUUCGACGAGGCAGCGGUCACCAACCAAUGCCGCAAAGAGGGGGCAGUCUCCAAAGGCGACGCAGCUGUGGCAAACUUGGCAGCCACACUUGAAGCUCCAGAGGAAGCGCUUCAGUUGCCAGUGUCAGUGUCAGCCAAAGCCAAAGCCGCAGCCAAGGAUGGCCAGGGUCCUGGCAAAGGAAGUGGUCCGGAGCACAGCGAAGUGGCCGGUGCGAACACUGCGGCGUUUGCAGUGGAGCGGCUCAAAGCGUUCGAACAGUGGGCCCACCAGUUUGAGGUGGUGCUCCUGAUGCCGUUUCGCAAGAACUACGACACGUUGAACGCGCAGGUGGCAGAGCUGGACACUUCGGAGUCUGAGUUGCUGGAAGAGUACAAGAAAUUGGUGAAGGAGCGCUUGGAUGUUGCAGGGGCUGCCCUUGUUGAAGCCCCAAGCAAAGUCCAGGAGGCAGUGAAGAUUGGCGAGAGCAAGUACAAGGAGCACGAUGCCAAGAUUGCCAGUUGUGCCGGCCAGCUCAAACUCAAGCCCUGUGCGCAGCCCGAUUGUCUCUGCAGCUUUGGCUCACUGGCGCUUCGCAUCCUGAGUUUGAAGACCGCAGAGACGCAAGAUGACCUGCAGACGAUCAUCAAUGUGAUUGCCGGCGGAAGCACUGCGCUGAAGCAAUUGAACAGCGCAGUUUCAACUGCCAUGCAAGAGGUUUUGAAGGCUGUGAAAGACUGCCGGCAGAGAGAGAAGUUGCGCAAGAAGCAAGAGGCUGAUACCAUGCCCAAGCGUCUGGCUGCUUUGGAGGAUGACGGCGGCCCGGGUGUCAAGGAAGUUCUCUUGUUCUCUGACCAGGCGAGCUUCCUGAAGAAUCGGGACGAGAAUGCUGAUGAGCUGUGGGCCGCUCCGUGGGUCUUGCAUGAUGAGGCAAGCCUGAAAUCUGCUCUGACUUCUGACGCUGCCGUGCAUGGCCGCUUCAUGAUGUUCAGCUCGCAGUUCGAAUCAUCUGCCCCAGCACAGAAGCAUGGCCGUGCUUUCCUGAAGAUCCAGGAUGGCACUGGGACACAGGUGGCGCAGAUCUUGACAGAGAUGCAGGGCGACUCCAUGGCGAAGAUGUGCAAGGAUGGUCAGCAGGCCAGCGAGAGGGUCAGCAGCCUGUGUGCCAUGGCCUUGGUGGGAGUUCUUGGCGGGCAGCAGACAGUGAGUGUGGCUGAAACGCCGCGCUUUUUGCUGGUGCUGGAGGGCGGCCUGGAUAUGCUGAUCAUGCCGCUGCAGACCUACUUGAGUGUGUGCUCCAAUCUUGGUCCAGCCACUGACUGGACUGCUUGGUUGAACGGCGCCUACCUUCUGGAACAUCUCACAGAGUGUUUUGAGACACAGUCCAUGAGACGGAUUGUGCUGACCGAGUAUGACUUGCUGUAUGUGCCGCCCAUGUCAAUGGUCUGGGAGGUUGGUCUGGAAAGCAAGAGCGUGUUCCUUCGCUCGUGCUGGUGCAGCUGGCGCAACUUGGAAGGUGACGUGGAAACUAUGAAGCAAAUCCUCGCCAUGACCAAUUGGGGAGAGUCGGAAAAAGUGCAGCAGCAGAUGAAAGAGGUCCUGGACUACAUGAACACGCUUGCCGAAGAGGACUAG